AACAACAACAACACUAGAAAAAAGAGGGAGAAACCGAAGCUUAGAUUCCCUUGGACUGCAGAUCCUCCCUAAAACAAAAAGAAUAAAACAAUAAAAGAAAAAACAAGGAAACCUCCAUCAUCCUAUUUCACCUACAAAGUUGAAAAUCCAUAAAAAUAUACGUACGUUACAAUGCCAUGUAUUAAAACCCAACGUCCCUCUUCCACAAACCGCACUCUAGGCAGAAAAAGGAAACCAAAGAGAGAGAGAGAGAGAGAGAGAGAGAGAGAGAGAGAGAGAGAGAGAGAGAGAGAGAGAAGGUGCAAAACAAGAAGAACAUUUCCUCAAUUUCAAGCCAUGGGUGGUCAUGUCUCUAAGCAAAUUGAGCGUCGAAAAGCGGUCGCCAUUGAGAAGAAGACUCUCUUCGACCUCCAGCAAAACUCAGGCAACGAGUACCCGGGAUCCGAUUACUACCCACCCGAUCGCAAGAACUGGAUGUCCCAUCUAGAUCCCCAGAAAACCCAGCUAUACAAGAUCGUUUGGCCCGGUACCCAUGAUUCCGCCACGAACAAGAUUGGCAUCCGGUAUGUCUCGCGCCCAUUCGCCCAGUGCCAAUGGUGCUCCAUCUACCACCAACUUGUGAAAGGCACCCGAGUGAUAGAUAUCCGAAUCCAGGAAGACCGGCGGGUCUGCCACGGCAUACUCAAAACAUACAACAUCGAUGUCGUGAUCAACGAUCUCAAGAAGUUCCUUGGUGAGACCCAGUCGGAGAUCGUAAUUCUAGAGAUCCGCACCGAGUUCGGCCACGAGGACCCACCUGAGUUUGAUAAGUACUUGGUGGAACAACUCGGUGAGUUCUUGAUCCACCAGGAUGACCAGGUCUUCCAAAAGACGGUCGCUGAGUUGCUUCCAAAGCGGGUCAUAUGCGUGUGGAAGCCAAGGAAGUCAGCUGCGCCUAAGGCCGGUGAUGCUCUGUGGAGUGCAGGGUACUUGAAAGAUAAUUGGAUCGAUACAGACUUGCCGUCGACGAAAUUCGAGAGUAAUAUGAAGCAUUUGAGCCAACAGACGCCGGUUUCGACGAGGAAGUUCUUUUAUAGGGUGGAGAAUACGGUGACACCACAGGCCGAUAAUCCAGUCGUUUGUGUGAAGCCUGUCACUGAGAGGAUCCAUGGAUAUGCCCGGCUUUUCAUAGCGCAAGCGUUUGCACGCGGGUGCGCAGAUCGGUUGCAGAUCUUCUCGACGGAUUUCAUCGAAGAGGAUUUCGUUGAUGCGUGUGUUGGGCUCACGCAUGCUAGAUUGGAAGGGAAGGCUUGAGGUUUACUUUUGAAAUGGUAAGGAUUGGAUUUUGAUUCAUGGGUUGUGUCCAGUCUGUUGUGUUAUGUUGCUUGUGUUGCUCCUGCUCUUUCUCAUUUUUUAUUUUAUUUUUUAUUUUUGUAAAUAAGGGAAUUUAGUUGGUAUUAUUAUAAAUGGUGUGAAUUUGGUUUUU